CACACGUCAUGUGCAUGCAGCGCUGAGCCUUACCGCCCGUCCCACCGGGUCUUCCCGGCCUCUCACUGCCGCUUCCUGUUUCCGGCUGGCCCGGUGCAGCUGUCAUACUCGAGCUGAUGGCUCCAGCCGCUGCUGCCCGGAGGAGAGGGGCUCCGCCCGGGGGGCGCUCCACCCUCAUGGAGAGUCUGCGCCGGGGAUGGGAGAACAAGUUCCAGAUUCUGAUCGACCCCCGGUACACAGCGCUGCUGGGAGUGUGCCUGUGCCUGGCCGAGCUGGGGAUCACACACUGGGUCAUCCAGAGGGUCCCAUACACAGAGAUCGACUGGAAAGCCUACAUGGAUGAGGUGGAAGGGGUGCUGAAUGGGACCUAUGAUUACAUGAAGCUGCAGGGGGACACCGGGCCCCUGGUGUAUCCAGCUGGAUUUGUCUACAUUUUUAGUGCAUUCUACUACUUAACGGAGCAUGGGACCAACAUCAGGCUGGCUCAGUAUGUCUUUGCGGUACUAUAUCUGCUGACACUGUUUCUUGUAUUCCGCAUCUAUAUUCUCACUAAGAAGGUACCACCUUAUGUGUUCUUCUUCAUGUGCUGUGCAUCAUAUCGCGUGCACUCCAUCUUCCUGCUUCGCCUCUUCAAUGAUCCAGUGGCUAUGGUCAUCUUAUUCUUUGCUAUCAACCUAAUAUUAGAGGAUCACUGGAGCUGGGGCUGCUUUUUCUACAGCUUGGCUGUAUCUGUGAAAAUGAACAUUCUGCUAUUAGCUCCUGGACUUCUGUAUCUCCUUCUGUGCCGGUUUGGACUGCUGCGCACCAUGCCAAAACUCUGUAUCUGUGCCCUGCUUCAGAUUGUCCUGGCCCUACCCUUUCUGCUGGAAAAUCCUGCUGGAUACCUCCUGCGAUCCUUUGAUUUUGGAAGACAGUUCCUAUUCCAGUGGACAGUAAAUUGGCGCUUCCUCCCGGAGUAUGUGUUUCAGCACCGGGCUUUCCAUUUAGCGUUACUUUCAGCUCACCUGACUGGACUGCUGCUGUUUUGCUUCUACCGCUGGCACAGGUCCAGGGAAAGAAUUCUUACACUCUUGAAGGAUCCGGCGCAGAGGAAACCCCAGACACCCAGACUUUCAGCAAAUAAGAUUAUUUUUGUCUUAUUUACUAGUAACUUCCUGGGUGUUGCAUUCAGCCGCUCUCUACAUUACCAGUUCUAUGUCUGGUACUUCCACACGCUUCCAUAUCUGUUGUGGUGCACGGAUAGCAGCGUCCUGCCAGGACUUGCCAAAAUUCUUGUCUUGGGUCUCAUUGAGCUGUCGUGGAACACCUUCCCCUCCACUCCUAUGAGCUCAGGUGCCCUCCACUUGUGUCAUGUGGCCAUUCUACUUCACCUAUGGUUUGGUGUUCCACCAGAUGAGAAGUCGCCCAAAGCCAAUGUAGCAACCUCCAGGACUCCUCUUAAGAAAAAGGACUGAUCUCUGUUAGUACAGAAGAAACCUACAAUCUUAUUCACAUCUGGAGAGUCUGUAGGUUGCAGUUUACUCUGACUGAGAUGUGUUAGGUUUUUCUCUGAAAUUGAACAGGGAAUGAGACGCGUUGUCUUUAUAUGCUAUA